GAUGGAAGCACGCAUGUGUAUGUUAAAAUCUCCACGUUCGUGUUCAGCUGGUUCGGCGUAAUACGAUGAAAUAGUUAGUCGGCUUUUGCCUUACCGAACUACUUUGAUGGAGCGGCUUUAAUAUACAGAGCUGACACUUAUGCUAUCUUUAGAUGGGCAGCAUAGGGAUAUAACUUAAGUCAAGCGCAGUCGCUGGUCAUUUGUUCGUAUUCAAAAGUUUUGAUAUGUGCAGACGUUCACUGUGGCUGCUGGCCAAUUUAUUCAGCAAGUCCCUUUCCCAAUCGUUUAGCGCCUUUACUAUGUCAGCAACAACGGACACUUGCGCGCGAUCUUCCGCUGAAAGGUUUGAAAAAGUAGAAGGCUCUACGGGGAAGUUUAAUGAUCUGGUACUAAAGUCACCAGAGAAGACGGGAGACGGAAACCAAGUUGUGGUUUUCUUUGGUGGCGACAUCCAGGACUUCCCAGAGGCGAUGAUGAAGCAUCGUGACAACAGGCGAUAUGUCCAGUGGAACCUUGACAACAUGGCCACAUUAAUGGGAAAGCACUUCCCCAGUGCCCACUGCAUCGUUGUAAGGCCAAACAGGCUUCAGUACCUCACGUUCAGCUGCUAUGACAACUUUGUUGAGGGCAACGACAUGGGGGCACCAACUCAUGAAUUCAGCAUUACUGCGUUGGAGCACCUACUUGCUCUACUCAACAGCUUGUCUGUAAGGCUGAACAACAAAACAAACAAGGCAAAGUAUGACCCUAUUGCCACAGGCGUACUGGAUCUCCCGCUGGUGCUAAUUGGAUUCAGCAAAGGUUGUGUUGUUCUCAACCAGUUUCUCUACGCUAUCAAGGCACUAGAGGUCCAGCCUGAUGAUGAUGUCAGUGCGUUUGUCCAUAGAAUAAAGGCUAUGUACUGGUUGGAUGGUGGUCAUUCCGGUGGAUCUAAUACAUGGGUAACCAAGGAAGUUAUCUUGAAAUCAUUUCGACAGUGCGAUAUCAAAACUUAUAUCCAUGUGACUCCAUACCAAGUGCUGUGCAGCUCAAGGCCCUGGAUAGGCAAAGAAGAGAAAGUGUUUAGAGAGACUUUGAGAAAACUGGGGGUUGAUGUGACACGAAAGAUCUACCAUGAAGACGACCUUCCAUCGUUGGAAAUGCACUUCAGUGUGCUUGAGGAGUUCAAGGAGACUGGAUAACUGUGCAUAUCAUGAGUGACAUUUAGUUUUUUUCGUGCUAACAUGGGCUACUGAUAGAAAAAAUGCAUUCAGAUGUCUUCAGGCUGUGAAAUUUUUAUAUAUUGCAUCUACCAGUGAAUGUGAUUCCUGUUAUGUGAACUUCACGAAUCACACUAACGCUUGUAUCUUGGAAGCAUGUGUGAACAGAUAAUUUAUUGAAAUCUUGCGACUUAUGUAUGAAUGGACUUGGACUGCAAAUGAAACCGCUUUGUGUCACACCAGCCUUCUAGACACCUUGUUGCUGCCCACUUUACAGCUAGUUGUUUCUGUUGACCUGUUUGGUUGUUUGAUUUGGAUGCAGAGCAAGAGUAAGUCUGAGAGUUUAGUUGCCAGCUAGCCUCACUCCUGAACAGGAAAGCAUUGUGAAUGCGGAGAAAUCUGCCUUGAUAGGUCAGGAUAAAGUUGACCUACUUGUGCUUCUGAAAGAAAGCCACUACAUUCUUAUUCUAGGCAUCUGUUGAUAUCACUGAUGCUGCUGUUGCUGCAAUUGAAGCUUUAUCAGCAAUCUUGAUCUAAGCAAAGUACAUGACCAGUUAUAGUGAGGUUGCAACGUAUUUACUUAUUAUGGGGUAACGUGUGUGGUCUUUCUGGCGAGCACUAAAAUGUAUAUUGCAGCACGAGCAAUUUUCGAUGUAUUAAGUGCUUUGUGGUAAGCCUUGCCGAAACAUGGGCACGAAAAAAAAAGUUUUCUGAUGCACUGUGAAUUGACUCUAAUGUGAAAUCUUGCAUUUGCAUCACAACUAUUUUUAUUUGUCAUUAUUCAUAGUAGUGUAGUCGCACGUGAAUUCUGAGUGCCAUGGAAGCUACAUGUGUUACAAACAUUAAGCACUGUUAAGAUGACAUGUGGAUGACAGAAAAGGAGCCAAACAUUGUGGUGGCCUACUUGAGUGUACCCAUAAAAGCUGUGACAAAAUUUCAGCAAUUAUGGUUGAAGUAGUUGCAGUACCUUAUGACAUCAUUUGCAGCAUUAAACCCAGUAAAAGGGCAGAUCAACGGGAAUAAAUGAAAAGAACAGUUCCACUGAGUGUACUACUAAUACAUCUUUUACUAGUUUAGAUAGCCAGUGUGCCAUUUGUGUGACGGGCUUGGAGGAGGAGGAGAAGGUACACAUUUAAAGCGUAACCAAGAGAGACAUGUUGCAAGACUCGGCUGUAGCCUGCCAGGAUGACUCCGAGAUUCUGGUAAAGCCAGGUUUAGCACUUGGCAUUAGCAAAUUCAAGGGAGACCUGGGGCACCUGCUCCAUGGCUCAGAUUGAGUGACACCUGCAGCUACUAGAUGCUUACAAGAGCAGAAAAAAAGACGUUGAAGGCCUUGAGCUUUUUCGGUAUUGCAAAGCAGUGUGUAGGAACAAAAAUUUGAACUAGCUCCAUGGUUCCAAAGGGCUGUUUCUGUAUUGGGGGUGGAAUGGAGGGGUAGUUUGCCAUUGUAAACUCCGGUCUCUACAAACUUUCUGCAGGACUGAUACAGCACUCUGCAACCAAGUUUGAAGUGUGUAAGCAGCUGUAAGCCUCAAAUUUGCCAGCACUCAGUAAGACAAUAAAAUUUGUUGGUAUGGGGCUAGGUUUACAGUAAGUUUCACCAUGCUGUGUGCAGUGAAAAUGGGUUGGUCAUUGUUGUGUGAUUGAGCAGUUGCUGAAAUUUUAGAAAUUUCUUGCUUGGAACAAAAGUAACUGUUUAAACCCCCAAAUAAAUAUUUUAAUGAGCUCUGC